UAUCCGAGUACUCGGAUACUCGUUACAGCCCUAAAUGCAGGAAAGGCAGUCAGAUCUGAUGCCUCGGCUCACGACGCGCUGAUUUCCUGCCAUCAUCCAAAUAUUUAUAUAUUUUUAAGGAUCUACGAGGCUUUGGUCGGGUAGAUUUUUUAGGGGGGCAUUUUUUUUUACCCCUUGUGGAGGAUAAAACAGCGGUUAAUGCCACCGAGGGUUACAUAACGCUGUCCAAGGUGCUGAACUGAACGCUAGAAGCCUCUAACGGGCCCAUCCGUGGGGAAUACACAGCCUUGCAAGGUCACAGGCCUAUCAACCGGGAGGAAGGCGCCUAAAUAGGGAGCAGAAGCCGCCGGAUCUUACUCCAGUUUUCUCAUUUUUUUAUAUCUAUUUUUGCUCCACGGUGCAACACAUUCCUGAGGGUUUCUGUGCAGCAUCGAGAAAAUGUCGGGGCAAACGCUCACUGAUCGCAUUGCCGCUGCGCAAUACCAGCUAACGGGAUCGGAUAUGGCCAGGGCUGUCUGCAAAGCCACCACUCAUGAAGUGAUGGCGCCCAAGAAAAAGCACCUGGAGUAUCUGGUUUCCGCCACCAAUACCACCAAUGUGAACAUCCCUCAGAUGGCUGACACGCUGUUUGAGCGCUCCACCAAUGCCAGCUGGGUGGUCGUCUUCAAGGCGCUCGUUACUACUCACCAUUUGUGUGUCCAUGGCAACGAGAGGUUUAUUCAGUACUUGGCCUCCAGGACCUCCCUGUUCAACCUCAGCAACUUUAUUGACAAAACGGGCUCCCAUGGCUAUGACAUGUCCACAUUCAUUCGGCGGUAUGGACGAUACUUGAAUGAGAAAGCCUUCGCUUACCGCCAGAUGGCUUUUGACUUCACCAGAGUCAAGAAAGGUGCUGAUGGAGUGAUGAGAACCAUGACGACUGAGAAGCUGCUGAAGGGCAUGCCCGUGCUGCAGACCCAGAUCGACACGCUCCUGGAGUUUGAUGUUCAUCCAAAGGAGCUGAACAACGGGAUCAUCAAUGCUGCUUUCAUGCUCCUCUUCAAGGAUCUGGUCAAACUGUUUGCAUCCUACAACGAUGGGAUCAUCAACCUUUUAGAGAAAUUCUUUAAGAUGAAAAAAAGUGAUUGUAAGGAAGCCUUGGAGAUUUACAAGAGGUUCCUGACCAGGGUGACCAAAAUUGGGGAGUUUAUGAAGCUGGCUGAGACAGUCGGAGUUGACAAAAACGACAUUCCAGACAUCAACUAUGCUCCCAGCAGUAUCCUGGAGUCUCUGGAAACACACAUGAACGGUCUUGAAGAUGUAAAAGGUGGAAAGAAAGGCGAAGGGUCCCCAACAAAGGGUUCUCCAACAAACAACGUGUCCCCCACUUCAACUCCUGCCAAAUCUUCAAACGCCGUCCCCACACUGCAGCCUCCUCCAGGGGACGGUGCAGCUGGGGCUGCUGCAGCUCCCGAACCAGCGGAAGACUCCCUGUUGGACUUGGAUCCUCUUUCCUCCACUGGUCCUCCAGCAGCAUCAGCUGCUCCAACAUCUUGGGGAGAUCUUCUUGGAUCAGAAAUGGGCGAUUCCUUGUUAUCAGAACCCGCCCUCACCGCAGAGCCCACCCCUUCCUCCUCCUCCUCAGCAGCAGCAGCACCCGCUCCGGCGGCGGCAGAACCCGGAGUUACCCUAGCUCCUCCUACUAGCUCAUCAACAGCUGCCACUUCCCCCGGUACCGCCAAUAUGGAUCUGUUGGGAGAGGCCUUUGCCACUUCUGCUUCUACCACUGAAGCCCCCGCUGCAGCAGCAGAGGGCGGUGCUGCCGCCACGUCUGCCCCAGCCUCAAACGCUGGAUCUGACUCCACAGGAGGAGAUGCCCCGGCGGCUGCUCCUGCGGCUCCUGCAGCCCCUGGUGCUGAGCUGAUGUCAGUAUUUGAUGGCCUAGGGGAUGUAAUGAAGCCUACUGUGAUCCCCCAGGUGGGGGAUGUUGACACCUCCAUGGCUAACAUGGCAAGUAAUCUCACAAUGGGAACCCCAGCGGCCCCUCAGGUAGCUCCCCCUAGUUGGGGUGCUCCCAUGACCAUUCCCAUGGGUGUCGCUCCUUUUAUGGGGACUUACCCCAGCUUCACCAUGGCGGGGGCACCAGCUGCCGGAGCGCCUAUGAUGCCCAUGGUCAGGCCAGGCUUCCCUGCCACUGGAGCGGCCCCAGGAGCACCGAUGUCUCCAGGAAUGGCCCAGAGCCCCAGGAAGCCCCCACCUCCCCGGAAUGCUCUGGAUGACCUUAACAUUAAGGAUUUCAUGUAGAUUCUCCAAACCCUAAAUUCCGAGGUUUAUCAUUGUGUCUGAAAUUCUGUGGAUGUGGAUGUCUGCACUCCUCAUGCCCCCUCCCAGCCAACCAGCUAUCAUCUCUUCAGUCAUGGCGUCCAAACUCCCAGCAGCCUCUACCACUAAAAAAAGGAAAAAAAAAACAUAAAAAAAGGCAGCCCUUCUUAUCUUAUCUAAUGUUGUAGCACAACUGUGAAUGUGAACCGUAGAUACAGAAACCCCGAAUUCUGUUUGUGUGUGUGAAUGAGUGUGUGUAUAAUUCAGUGUUUACCUUUACACAAAAUACAAAAACAUCAAAAAAAAAAAAAAAAAAAGAAAAGUUAACGUGUAUUUAGAUUUAUGCUGGCUUUCGGCAUAUCAAGGGACUCGGAAUGGUGGAAAUUUGCUGGUUCGUUUGUGCAUCUUCCAGACAAGGGACAUGUGUUGUUUAGAUGUGGACUUUGUUAGGUGUAACUUCACUGGUCGACCCUGCUCCUUUACCCUAAAUGUUAAGACAUUGAGCUACGUUUAAUGUCUCCUUGAAACUGCUUGGCCGCUCAUUCUCCCACCUGUCCACUUUAAGUUCCUGGAAUCAAAGCGAAAGCUCUGUGAAUCUGGACGUAUCGUCAUCAAGCACAUACUAUAGUUUUAGUUUCUUUUUCUUUUCAGUUUUUUUUUUUUUUUUUAGCGACUGUUUUAAACAUGCAAAAAAUUUGUGAACUGUGUUCAAAUUGAGAUAUGCAUUGUAGAUUAUUUGAAAUGAUAGAUUACACAUAUUUUCGUCGAUACUUCUUUUGAAUAAAAAUGUAUCAUAUAUUUUUAGUUACUUUCAGUAAAAAGGGAAAAAGGCAAGUAGACCGUUAGUUCCCCACGUUCUUUGUACAUCUUCCCUAUACUUUGAGGUUGUAAUCAACCGAGGUACUGCCCAGAUUACGUUCUGCUGCGCUCCUUGCUGGUGUGGAGUGGUACUUCCUCAUAGCAUGCAACACAGGUCAAUUAAUGAGAUGUAUUUUACUACUCUCUCAGAGCUCUUUUCCUCGUCUUUGGUCUCUCCACAGGAAGAGUCAUUGUGAGGCUCUCGGGAACGUGUUUGUGGCUGGAUUUGGGCCUGAGCUGUUUGGGUCAGUUCGAACACAGCAGCAGUCAGUGCACGAGCUCAUGCGCUGCCGUUGCUUUGGAGACUCAUUGUGAAGCACUCAAGUAUUUGCUGGAUGUUUCUGUGGUAUUUAUUUUAAAAAGUGACUGUAUCUUAAUCCAUUGUGGCAUUACCGAUGUGUUGAAAGAAAAAUAAAGAUGAGUAUUAAACAUAUAAAGUGAAAAUGUGGAUAAGUGAA